GUCAGUUCAGCUGGUACGGUACCGUACUGUCAAAAAAUCGUGGUUUUAAUCAAAAUAAAUAAUUUUCUUUGUGAUUUAAAAUAAUUGUGCCAAAUAUGCCAAUGUGUAGUGUAAUAGGGUGCGGCAAAAAAAAAACACCAAAUCAGCCAUCUUUAACCAUACACAGGAUCCCAAGAAAUGAGAGUAGAAAGAAAAAGUGGCUGGAAGCCAUUAGAAUGGAAAAUAUAAAGUCAAAUGUAAAAGAUGUUUAUAUUUGCUCGCGACAUUUUGAUGAUAAAUGUUUCAACAAAACUAUGGAUGUGAUUCGACUACGAGAUGAUGCCGUGCCCUCGAAAUUUACUGGCCUCCCACGGAAUCCUGCUCCUGUUCCUAUUUCUGAAACUUCAGAAGCUGCAACAUCAGCACUCCCCAUGACGACGACUGCCGUGUGUACUGCUUCUUUUGCUUCUGUCCCUGGCACCUCAGGAGUGGAUAAUCUACUGAUCCAAACGCAUAAAAUAAAAAAACUUGAAGAUAAAUGUGAUUUCUUAAGGAAGAAAGUAAAAAGACUACAUGAAACAGUGCGGCGGCAAAAGAUAAAAAUUGUACAGUUCGAGAACAUUAUAAAAUAUAUAAUACAGAAAAAGCCUACAGGAAAGAACCGCCUGGUUUAACAUCCCUAAAACAUCGGCCUUAUUGAAGUGCUGUUUGAAGGUGUAAUUGGCUAUAUAAAUGGCCUGAGGCUGCCGUCAGGGCAGUUAGUAAUUGAGUCGAGGAGAAAGACUGGCUUUGUGGGGUUAAUCAUUGAUCUGAAAAGCGCAUUAGCAUGAUAUCGACACAUUUAUAUCGAAAACAUUAGAUCUAUAUCGACAUCUUGUCGAAAACACAAAUAUAUUAAAAUAUUUGCCACUAUACGAGAUCAGCCAGGAUCACGUCGUGCUAUUUUUUUCGGCUAUAAGAGCUCCAGGGAGUUUUAACAAUAAUCCAAAUGCCAUUCAAUUUAAAGCAGCCUUCAAGAAGCUUCUUAUUCGAGCUGAAAUUUGCGACGAAGGGCUCGGCAAUUGCUUUGCCUUGGAGCAAGUUAAUAUUUUAAAUUUCACAAGUUAAAACCGAAAAAAAGCAAUUGGUUGAUGUGCCAGAAGAUGACAGCACCUUAUACAAGGAAGCCAUAGAUUGCUUGCUCUUUCCGUAUAUGCUGACUCAGUUGUUACUUACAUCGCAGGAUUUGUAUCUAGAAAAUUAUCCCGCAAUAUAAAAUGUCAUACAUGUGCUUCGUUAUUGUUUGGAGGUCCGAACAGCAAUUUGAAAACGAUUGAUUCAUUUUAAAACAAGAGGUGGACUGGAAUACUUAUCGAAUAAUGUUGAAGACAUAACGAAAAAGACAGAAAAAAUCAUUAAACCUAACUUGGAUAAGUCGAUGCCACAAAACUAUUUUAAUCAUAUAUUUAAACCCAAUAAGGAGCACUACUCCGAAAAAUCGGACACAAUUUUUCGGUCGGAAUCAAUUAAUCAUGAAACUAAUCAUAAAAAUAAUACUAUUUAAAUAAAAUAGUUUUAUUCCG